AUGGGAGAGGUUGACGAUGGAAGAGUUAAUAUCGUCACUUUAUUGUUGUGGAGUUUUGUAGGUGACAUACCAGUGACGACUCUUUUACAGGGAUUCAGAUGUGUUGGACUGGAUUCUUUUGUGUUGUUGGCACUAGACGAAAACAAAAUUUCUGUAAUAGAAGACAAUGCGUUCGGUGAUUUGACAAAAUUAGAAUUCUUAAAUAUGUUCAAUAACAAUAUCACUACUAUCAAGAACAGCACAUUUACUGGUUUGACAAACUUAGAGUAUCUGUAUUUAUCAUACAACGGUAUAACCACAAUAGAAGACCAUGCAUUCAGUGGUUUGACAAACAUAAUUAGGCUACGUCUUAAUAACAACAGGAUAUCCUCCAUAAAAAACAUCACUAUAAGUGGGUUGACAAAUCUACAAGAGCUGAGAAUACAGGAUAAUCCUUAUCACUGCGAUUGCGAGUUAAUAGGCCUGGUCGAUUUCCUUAAAUCUGGACGUGUCCCUGUAUCUGGAGAUCCACGCUGCUUUACUCCUGAGACCUUAAAGGGAAUUUCAUUGGUCAGUCUAUCAGCUGCAAACUUGACCUGCCCUGACAUGACAACUAUGGACAUCACAACUUAUGAAACCAAUUCUUCACCUUUGAAAGAAGGGAACUUUCUUGUUAUAACAUACGUGUCCUUGUGUUUGCUUUUUAAAACCAUAGUUGACUUUUAGAAUACAGGGGAAAAACGAAUACAGAUAUUAAUUUCAGACCAAUCCAAAAGAAGACG